AUGCACUUCUCCUCGACCGUCCUCGCGGCCUUGGCUGCUUUUUCCUAUGUGCCUCUUACCGUCUCCGUCGCCACCCCUCUCCAUGAAGCGGGACGAUGCGCGAUCCGUGGUCACUGCGGCAAACAAGGCUUCUUCGGAUCUGAUCUACCUUGUCCUGACAAUGGGAAGGCCUCGUCUCCCUCUGACGUUGUCCGCCAGAAGCUCGUAGGCCUCUGCGGACCAAAAUGGGAGGAUACCGACGUGUGCUGCGAAGAGGAGCAAGUUGAUGCACUAAACAAGAACCUGAAACUUGCAGAGAGAAUCAUCGCCUCUUGCCCGGCCUGCAAAGAGAAUUUCUUCGACAUAUUCUGCACCUUCACGUGCUCCCCGGAUCAGUCCCUGUUCGUCAAUGUGACGAAUAUGGGCAAAGCCUCUAACGGCAACGAUGUGGUCACGGAAUUAGACAAUAUAUGGUCAGGACACUACCAAAGCGGGUUCUACGACAGUUGCAAGGAAGUCAAGAAUGGAGCAAGUGGUGGCAAGGCAAUGGCAUUCAUUGGAGGAGGCGCCAAAAACUACACCGAGUUUUUAAAGUUCUUGGGCGACAAGAAGCUGCUUGGAAGUCCGUUUCAGAUCAACUUUCUGGAAAAGCCGAGGUAUGAUGAUCAGCAAGGCAUGAAAGCAAACGAUCCUCGAGUCUACGCCUGCAACGAUACCGAUCCCCUGUUUCGCUGCAGCUGCGUUGAUUGUCCCGAAGUUUGUCCCACUCUGGAGCCAGUCAGCUCAGUUCGGUACUGUCACGUCGGAAAACUUCCUUGCCUGUCGUUCGCCAUAAUCAUCAUCUACUCAGUAUGCUUACUGCUUCUCAUCACGGCGAUAUCUGGGCAUGUGGCAUACCGCAGGCACAAACAGUGGAAGACCGAAAGACUCCAGCUGCUGCAAGAUGCCGCCCCAAGUGAUGACGAGGACGAGGGCGAUCUUGUCCAUGAUGCCGGUCUCCUGGAGCGACCGCAACGAAACUACUACUUAAACCUGACACUCGAUCGAGCAUUCAAUAAACUGGGCGGUUUCUGUGCUCGUUAUCCUGCAUUAACAAUCGGGACAAACGUGGUGUUUAUUGUUCUGCUCAGCCUCGGAUGGCUGCGGUUCGAGGUUGAAAGAGAUCCUGUCCGCUUAUGGGUCAGUCCAACUUCAGACGCGGCUCAAGAGAAGGCAUUUUUCGAUGCCAACUUCGGUCCAUUCUAUAGGACAGAGCAAGCCUUCCUAGUCAAUGACUCGGCUUCGGGUAACAGCACCGUGCUGACCUACGAGACCCUCGAUUGGUGGUUUGACAUCGAGGAACAGAUAUCACGCAUGAUGACCCCCAAGAACGGGAUCACACUAAAGGACGUCUGCUUCAAACCCACAGGAACUGCUUGUGUGGUCCAGUCAGUUAGUGGAUGGUUUGGUGCUGGCUUGACUAGCGACUGGAGAGAGCAGAUUGAGCUUUGUGCUGCCCACCCCGGGGAUCAAAGGUGCUUGCCAGAGUUCAUGGAUCCGCUUCCACCCGGCCGCAUCCUUGGAGGCUACGACAGCCUCGACGACAUCGCGAGCGCGAGUGCACUAAUCACGACUUGGGUUGUCGACAAUGAUCAGCCCGGAACAGAGAGGGAGGCCCGAGCAGAAGAGUGGGAACGUACUCUCAAACAUGAUCUGUUGAUCUAUCAAGAAGCGGCCAAAGCUAGAGGCCUGCGCCUCUCCUUCAACACAGAAAUCAGUCUGGAGGAGGAGUUGAAUAAGUCGACGAACACAGACGCGAAGAUUGUGGCCAUCAGCUACGUGGUCAUGUUCGUAUACGCGUCGCUGGCGUUGGGCUCAGCCAGCCUCUCUCUGUCGUCUUUCCUCAGUAACCCUGCGAAUGCCUUUGUGCAGUCCAAGUUCACGUUAGGUGUGGCGGGGAUCCUGAUCGUCUUGAUGUCGGUCUCUGGCUCUGUUGGUCUAUUUUCUGCCGCCGGGGUGAAAGUCACUUUGAUCAUUGCAGAAGUCAUCCCGUUCCUGGUCCUUGCCGUCGGCGUUGACAACAUCUUCCUGAUCGUCCAUGAGUUCGAACGCGUCAACGUCAGCCACCCCGACGAAGAGAUCGACGAGCGUGUGGCGAAAGCUCUUGGGCGCAUGGGGCCGAGUAUCUUGUUGUCGGCAUCGACCGAGACCGUCGCGUUCGCAAUGGGCGCGUUUGUUGGGAUGCCUGCAGUCAAGAAUUUUGCCGCGUACGCUGCGGGUGCCGUGUUCAUCAAUGCCCUGUUGCAGGUGACAAUGUUCGUCUCAGUCCUGGCGCUCAACCAACGACGCGUCGAAAGCCUCCGAGCAGAUUGCUUCCCAUGCGUGACAGUCCGGGGAGCCAAUUCAGUCAGCAUGCCUAGUGGUCACUUCUUUGGCAGCGACGAGGAGGGCUGGUUACAACGCUUCAUUCGCAAACAGUAUGCACCAAGCUUGCUGGACAAGAAAGUCAAGACUUUUGUCAUGACUUUCUUCGUCACUCUUUUGGCUGCAGGCAUCGCCCUGAUCCCCAAAGUCCAGCUCGGACUUGACCAAAGAAUUGCACUUCCAUCGGACUCGUACAUGAUUCAAUAUUUCAAUGAUCUGUAUGACUACUUUGGAUCCGGCCCGCCGGUCUACUUCAUCACACGCAACGUCAACGUGACCGAGAAGCACCACCAACAACAACUGUGUGGCAGGUUCACCACCUGUGACGAAUACUCGCUGUCAUACAUUCUGGAGCAAGAAUCGAAGCGACCCAAUGUGAGCUACAUCGACUCGGCUACUGCCAGCUGGAUCGAUGACUUCUUCUAUUGGCUAAACCCCAUCUCGGACUGCUGUCAAGAUGAAAACGGAGAAACUUGCUUUGGCGACGGCGAAUGGAACAUUACCCUCGCAGGGAUGCCCGAAGGCGAAGAAUUCAUCCAGUAUGCUACAAAGUGGAUUCAUGCUCCAACCGGAGCAGAAUGCCCCAACGGUGGACAAGCAGCCUACUCCAAUGCGCUUGUCCUUGAUACGAAUCAUACGGACACACCAGCCAGUCAUUUCCGAACUUUCCACACGCCUCUCCACGGUCAGGACGACUUCAUCAAUUCCUAUGCUGCGGCCAGACGAAUAUCGGAUGAUAUUUCCAAACGCCACGAUAUCGACGUUUUUCCCUACAGCAAACAUUAUAUAUUUUUCGAUCAAUAUAGCAGCAUCAUCCGCUUGACUGCGACUCUGCUAUGUGUGGCUGUUGCAAUUAUCUUCGUCCUUACUUCAUUGUUGCUCGGCUCUUUGCUGACGGGAGCUGUGGUUGCUGUCACCGUCGUCAUGAUUGUCGUGGAUAUAAUUGGCGUGAUGGCGGUGGCCAAUGUAUCCCUCAACGCGGUGUCGUUGGUCAACUUGGUGAUAUGCGUAGGGAUCGGAGUGGAGUUUUGCGCACACAUUGCCCGUGCAUUCAUGUUUCCUAGCAAGUCGGUCAUGGAGCGAGCCAGGCAUAAGCUCAGGGGGAAAGAUCUCCGGGCCUGGACUGCAUUGGUCAAUGUCGGCGGGAGUGUCUUCAGUGGCAUCACCAUCACCAAAUUCCUGGGGGUCGCAGUGCUGGCAUUCACCCGGAGCAAAAUCUUCGAGAUUUAUUACUUCCGCAUCUGGUUGGCGCUUGUGAUUUUUGCCAGCUCGCAUGCCUUGAUCUUUCUGCCAGUGGCACUGAGUUUCUUUGGCGGAGGCGGGUACAUUGACCCCGAGAGCGAAGGGGGUCUCGAGGAGGCCCUGGCGAGCCGGCGGUAUCGGAGUCUUUUGCCCGACGACGACUACGAUUCCGACGAGUAA